AUGGAACAUAGCAGCCGUAAGAAGAACUUGUUGUCGCGCCUGUCUUGCAGCCGAGUGAAGCAGACGUUGUUCGGCAAAGCGCCGUCUUCCAACGUCGCUUCAGCGUUGCACCUUGAUGGUGGUACGCACAAACCGUUCGGUGGACUCAGCCGGCGCUCGAAAAGCAAGACCAAUUUCUCGACAACAAAAACCGUUGUCGAGGUGAUUCGCGAGGGCAUUGUCAACUACGUGUGUGGCAGGGAUCUAGAUGGCAAGAACUGGGAGAAGGGCCGCAUGGUGUUGGUGAAGACCGUCGGCGGUUACCUGCUCGAGUUUUACUCCCCACCAAAGGCGUCCAAACCAAAAAACGGCAUAUUUUGUUUUUUCAUUUCUGAGGCCAGAGAAACUACCGUUCUCGAGACGCCUUAUCACCAGAGCACGUUCGUGCUAAAGGUAUGCGUGAUGAUAUACGUGUACUUAGAAUUUGUUAUUACUGAUGAC